CACCUAUCGAUAUCGCGGUGCUACGAUGUCCCAUCGAUGGCUCGAUGGUUUUUCGAUGUUUUUCCACCGACCGACGAAAUUAUGCCAGCCGCUUCAAAAGCCAGAACUUUGAAAAGUCGAAGCUGAAUUUUCCCCGAUUUUUCCCGAUUUUCCGUUUCCCGCGAAUCUGAAAGCCGCGCUGCCGGCGUCGCUGCCUCUGCCGCCGUCGAAGUCGUCGAUCCCGUUUCACGCGUCGCCGCUUCGUCUCGCCGUCUCGCUUGUUUCCCGCCUCCUCUCUCUCUGCCCCUUGCCCGCCCCCACCAUCCGACCAUCCUACCAAAUCAGCCCCCUCUCCCCCAACAUCCUAAAACAAAAUAUAAAAUAUACGAAAUAAAACAACAAACACACAGAGAGAGAGAGCGAGUGAGAUAGAUAGAUAGAGAGAAAGCCAAGCCAAGAAACGUCAUCAAGCGGCAGCAGCAACAACAACAACAUCAAACACAACAACUGCAACUGCAACAAAACGGCAAACUCAUCAGCGACAGCAGCAGCAACAACAACAAAACGCAUUUCAUUGCCAAGAAGAAAAAAACGGUCAACGACACUGCAACAACAUUGGCCAACAGCAACAACAACAAAUCAGCAAUACUGAGAGACUGCACUAGCAACAACAACAACAACUGAAACAACAACCAACAAAUAGGAAAAUAGGAAAAUGCCCAAAUGCGAUGUGAAAACGCGCUACAUUCCUGCGACUUUCGCCUGGAUUGUGCUGCUUCUGACCACAUUUCUCUUCUUCUUCUAUCCCUGCCAGUUCUAUGUGAAGAGCCAUCCAUGGGUGCUGGCCUACCAGGGCGUGAUCACAUUCUUCGUGCUGGCCAACUUCACGCUGGCCACGUUCAUGGACCCGGGCAUCAUCCCCAAAGCCUCGCCCGACGAAGACUGCGAGGAGGAGCUGCGCGCCCCGCUCUACAAGAAUGCCGAGAUCAACGGCAUCACCGUCAAGAUGAAGUGGUGCGUCACCUGUAAGUUCUACCGCCCGCCACGCUGUUCCCACUGCUCCGUUUGCAAUCACUGCAUAGAGACCUUCGAUCAUCAUUGUCCUUGGGUGAACAACUGCAUCGGCAGGCGGAACUACAGAUUCUUUUUCUUCUUCCUCGUCUCGCUGUCCAUUCACAUGCUGAGCAUCUUCUCGCUGUGCCUGGUCUACGUGCUGAAGAUCAUGCCCAACAUCAAGGACACGGCGCCCAUCGUAGCUAUUAUCCUGAUGGGCCUGGUGACCAUUUUGGCGAUCCCCAUCUUCGGACUGACCGGCUUCCACAUGGUACUGGUGUCGCGGGGUCGGACAACCAACGAGCAGGUGACCGGAAAGUUCAAGGGCGGCUACAAUCCGUUCUCGCGCGGCUGCUGGCACAACUGCUGCUACACACAGUUCGGACCGCAGUAUCCCAGCCUACUGAACCCGAAGAAGUACGCAUCGCGUCGAUCUCAGGUGCAGAACCAGGCGAUCAGCACCAUUUGCAACGACCGGAGCGGCCAGCAGACGGGCGCCGGGGGCGGGGCCGGCGGCAAUGGUACCGCCGCGGUGUCCGGCGGCGGCGGUGGAGCGGGCGGCGGGGGCGGUAUGCGCGGCACUGCGGUGCAGUACUCACCACGCUCCUUCUACGACGCGAGUCGCGAGAAGCGGGGAAUUCAGGUAAAGACAUAUAUGGCCGAGGGCAAUGGUUAUAAUCAACGGUCGGGCAGCACAACGCUUUACAGUAAGCUUUCGCCCGGACGAGAGUGCUCCGAUACGGACCUGGAGCCGCCGCCCGCCUCCCAGAGCCAGGACUGCGAACCGACGCCUCCGCUGCAGCGGCACAACUCCAGCAGCUUCUAUCUGCCGCAGGUGAGCGAUGGCGGCGGCCUCAACGGCAGCGUUUCCACGGGCGGCGGAGGAGGCGGCGACUCGCCGCGCCACAUGCGUCUCUACCAUCCGCGUCACAGUCCGCACGCGAGGCCCAGGGGUCUGGAUCCGCAGCGGGGCUACACGAGCGACGCCCUAUCGCCGGACCAUCCUGUUGGCUAUGGCGUCGGCGUCAAUGGACCGCAGCAGCAACAGCAGCAAGCGCUGGCGGCGGCAGCAGCGGCGGCGGCGGUGGCAGCACAAAAUCAACGCAGCGCGACGACCACGGCCACGCCCACCAUGCAGCAGCGGAUCAAGCCGCUGGGCGUGGCCACGCCCCUCGUGAUGGCGAGUCCAGUGCGAAGAUCUAACCCGGGCACGCCCACUCAACCGAGACGACCAGAUUUCAUCGGACUGAACGCACAGGCGGUGGCGCAGCAGCAGCAACAGCAGGCUGCUGCGGCGGCUGCAGCAGCGGCCUAUUACGAGUACACCAGCGGUCUGCCGCCGCAACAUCCGCAGGCGCCCAGCAUCCAGCAGCAGCAGCAACAGCUGCUCCUCCAGCAGCAGCGUGUCCUCAUGCAGCACCAGCAACAGCAGCAAGCUCUGCAGCAGCAGCAGCAACUGGCGGCGGUACAUGCGGCACAUCCGCAACACGCCGCUCUGGCGCAGGCUGCAUACGGUGGCAGUCCACAGAGGCGCUUCCUCUCCGAGGGCGAACUGGUGCGCCAGGGUGCGGGAGGAGGCGUUGCCGGCGGAGAGUUGUCCUACGCACGAUCCAACAAUACGGUGGAUAAUAUACGAGAGCUCGCCGGCAGUCCGCAGCGUGGCGUUUACAUGUGGAAGGACACGUCGCCGGGAUUCACUAGCAACGUCGGACAGCAGCAACAGCAACAGGCACAACAGGUGGUCAGCAGCGGGAUUGGCAGCAGUGCGGGCACGCUGUCCAGCAGCGGAGCAGCCGCCGGAGUGAUGCCGCAUGCCCAGUACAUGACGGCGGGCGGUGGAGCACAUCCGCUGAUCAUGACGCACUCGCGACUCCAGGACUACACCAUCCAGCAGCAGCAGCAGCAACAACAGGCGGCGGCGGCGGCAGCAGCCUCAUAUCAUCGCUCCAAUCCGACGAGUCCCACCACCAUGCCACAGGUGUCCGGAGCUGGCCAGAGCUAUAUACUGCGCUACGGAGGCGGCGGAGCGGCUGGAGCAGCCGGCAGCAGUGGCAGUUUAGCUAGCGUGACAGCCAGUAAUCCCGCCACUGGAGGCGGCGGCUAUCAGCCGGCAUUGCGCGGCGGAGUGGCCGUAUUUCCGCCCAAUCCGCUGGGAAAUCAGGGCGGUGGCAAUCUGCAGACGCAGCCCUCGCCACAGAUCAAACGGAAACAGACGCCAACGCGACCCAUGAGCUUUGUGCGAGCGCUGGAGAUGGCCGACUCCAUGGAGAUGCAGUCACUGGAACAGCAGCAAAACGGCGGCAUUCCCGGCAGCGGGUCGGUGGGAAACAAUCAACAGGCGGGCGGCGGUGGCGGCGCUGGUGGUCACCUAAUGCAGAGCAACGCCUCCAAUUCGGGCACUCCGGAUAGAGCCAGCAUCUACGACAUGAACUACGAGAUCUCCGUAUAACCCGUGGUGGUGCCUGUGCUCCUGAUGCCACCCGCCAGCCAAGCUCCGGGCACAGCAGUCGCUGCUGCAACCGCUGCAGUUGCUCCAGCUGCCAUCGCCGGUCCACAGCCGCAGGGGCAGUUUUACAAUGCCCAACUGGAGCCGGCUGCCUAUGCCUGUGUUCCUGUCUUGCCCCUCAAACCGAUAAGCAAUGGAGUGGGAACCAAUAGUCAUCAGCACCAUCAUCAUCAUCACCAGCAGCAGCAGCAUACGCAGCAGCAGCCGCCUCAGCAUCACCAACAUCCGCACCAGAACAUCCACAAUCACAACCAGAUUCAGAACCAGAACCAGAACAAACGCAAAUUUUCAACCUUCUUUUAGGGAACUAAGGGAACUAGCCCUAGUCCGUGUCCUUUUUUUACCGAAUGAUUUGAGUGGAGAGCAUGUGAGGGUGUAUCUAUCUAACCAGAGCUAUUUACACCAGAUGUGUGUGUAUAUAAGUUGCACUGCUGUUGUAGCUAUUGCUAAACUUUAAGUAAUUUUAUUAUGUAAUUUUUACGCUUUGUUAUUAUGAUUUUAAUUUUUUUAUGCACUUUGGAAGACGUUUUACACGAUCUGAUAUCGAAAGAAAUUAUUUAUACGUUUAAUGCUUUCUAUACAUAUUUGAUCGAUAACGAUGAAGAUGAGAAUAUGAGAUAAAUUAAACACGAGCAUGUGGAUACAGAUACAGUGCGUUUCAUGGGUGCAGGAAUAGUAAUUGGCGAAUAAAGCAAUUUGCGCAGCAAUUCCCCGAGCUAAUGCCACGCACUGUAUUCGCCCUGCCGAUCUGCUAUAUCUAUUAUACAUAUAGUACACACAUAUAUGGAAACCUUUUGCAAUCAACAUGAAAAUCGCCAAAAUUUGUACGUGUUUGUGUGCGUGUGCCUGUCUGUCUGUCUGUUUCAUGGGUGCAGGAAUAGUAAUUGGCGAAUAAAGCAAUUUGCGCAGCAAUUUCCCGAGCUAAUGCCACGCACUGUAUUCGCCCUGCCGAUCUGCUAUAUCUAUUAUACAUAUAGUACACACAUAUAUGGAAACCUUUUGCAAUCAACAUGAAAAUCGCCAAAAUUUGUACGUGUUUGUGUGCGUGUGCCUGUCUGUCUGUCUGUGCGUCUGUCAUGUGUGUGUUUAACAUUAGUCUUUAUAAAUUUAUAUCUAUUUAUGCCAUAUAUUGUAUAUAGGAUAUGCUACGUCAGGGCCCAGGUGCAGAGAAACUUUUGUCAUUUGUGUACAUAGGUGUAGAAGGUGGAGGGAGACGGAGGAGGAACCGAUUUGUGCUAAGUAUCCAGAGAUUAUAUAAUGCGUCGGAGAAUUUAGCGAGUGUGUCCGGUCCGGUCCGGUCCACGAACUCCAGGAUCUGGACGACGUCAUAUUGUCAUAUGUCUUUGCUACGGGUUGUACGGAGCAACACUCCUAAUCUAUCAUAAUCUGUAAAUAGAAGCCCGUUUUGUAAGAACUACCUCCCUCCUCUCCAUUCCGCAGUCCAGUGAAAAGCGAAAGGUUAUGUCGUCGACCCGGGGACAGUGCGUUUCGAGGCUGUAUGUGCUUGUUUUAAUCCCCAUUCAUACGCAUUCAUCAACCUAAGGUUUCAUUUGAAGUCAUUCUGCAGAUUCAGCAAUCCACUUAGUUUCUUACUCAGGACCGCGAUUAGAACGAACGAAAUGGCGUUUGUCACUUUCACCUCUCUUCGCCUACAGCGCCGAAACGCACUGUCCCCGGGUUGUCAAACGCUCCCAGGCGAGAUUUAAUGUUUUUUUUUCCUCAUUUACUUAGAAUUCAUAAGAGAGCCCUAAUCUGGAACCGCGGCUUUCGGCGCGUGUAACUUGAAUGUCGUCCACUUUAAAUCAGUUCUGAUUUUCCUGUACAUAAGUGUAAUAACGCAUGAGAAUUCUUCGGUUCGGACUACCAACUACGUAUGUGGGUGGGUACGCCUGCUUGCCUUUAAUAGGCCCAACUUUGUUGUUAUGUUUUUAAGUGAACCUAGCUUUUAUACUACCGAUCCCCGUUGCCCCCUCUUUCAAGUGUGUUGUUCGCCAAGUGUGUGUGUUCUUGGAUCAAUUCAAUGGCAUGUUUCAGCUCGAUUGUUUUAUUCCUUAUUGAAUGCAUAUGCAAAUGCAAGUGGCAAAUUUCAAGCGAUAAUAUCUGUAAGAAAGUUAGCUAUAUAUACACGACACUCGAUCGAUCGAACGAGAGAGAGAAUUAUACAUGUGUAAGGCGAUCAAUCCCCAAUCCGAAUCCGACCCUCUUCCCUGGCCACAUAGAUCAUGAGAAUUGUGCAAGGAUCAAAACUUGUAUAGACUAUGCAGUAAGGUGCGCGACAUAAGUGUCUGGAGCAGGCAGUUUCUUCCGUUUUGCUUAUUUUUUUUUAAUUAUAACUUCAAUUUAUCGAGUAUUAACACUUCCAUUUGCAAGGAUUUUGGUGGCUAACUUAUACGAGUUAUACGAGGCUGUUCCCGUCACGAAUUUCGCACACCUUAUUUAACGGAUCAAGAGUAUAUAUUAUACACACGUAUAUUUAAGCGUUUUUUGCUAACACAUUAAUUCAUGAAUUUGCAACAAUAUUUAAUAUAAAUACAGAAAUGCAUAUACAAACGAACAAAAAAAAAAGAAGAAAAAUCAUUAAAAAACAAAAGUGUAAUGUAAAAUGUAAUAUGAAUGAGAUUGAGAAGGGAAUGAAAUUGUUUUAGAUUUUUAUACCAAAUUUAAUUAAUGUAAAACCACGAAUUGUUUAUUUUUUUGUAUACCCCGUAAUCCCCGUCAGAAUGCGAGAAAUCCCUGCCAGAGAAAUCCUCGAGUUCGAAAUUGUUUUUUUUUUUUUUUUUGUAUUGAAUACUUAUGUAAUUUGUAAAUUAUAUGACAAGUAAUCAAAUAGCAAGCAUAAACAGCAAGGCAAUUAAUAAACAAUACAAAUAAAAAUGCAAA